AUCCUAAGCGGAAUGCAAUCGUAUCGUCAACAUGUGAAUAAAGCUCAGGGACGAGAUGACAAUUUGAAAGAUAAGAAGUGCGGAAAGAUCUUAACUUCUGCAUAUUCGCCGUUGAAAAAGUUGAGAACCGGAACGCGGCACAUACAUUCUUAUAUGAUAGCCAUCAAUCGCAUGGAAUUACGCCUCGUUCGUUUCCAACAAGAUUAAUUUGUAAUUGUCUCUGGUGCUUUUGAAGAAUAAAGUCAUCUAAAAGAUUAACUUAAAAUUGGUCCUGAUCAAUGAAAAUUCGUUCUAACGGUUUGCGUCAAUCUUUACGACAAGAAGGUAUCGAAUUUUCAUUGCCUUUGAAGUUGGACAAAACGUGUAGCCAGCUAAAACCAGAUAGUAGUGACUCUGCGCAGUUAGAAGAAAGUCGCUAUAGUGCGAAUAGUGAAGAAAAGGAGAAAGAGUGGCUUGAAAGCUUAGAAGUAGAUGUGAUAGAAAUUCGGAAAAUUCAGUCAACGCACGAACGCAAAAUGAGAGCUCAAGAAAUGUCUGAAGAGUUCAGUGACAAUUCUCUGAUGCUUAUCGAACGUGCGGAAUGUCAAGGAUUCUUUAGUUUUCUGUUAAAUGCUAAAAGCACAAUAGGCACGGUAGGUCGCCGGGCGGGCGUCCCACCUUCUUUAUUAGCCCCAAUAGGGUUUCCCAAAGCCACAAAGCAACAUUUGAAUACGCGAUCAUCCAAAGUGCGUAUGGAUGGCAUAGAUUAUUAUAAUAUAGAAGUAAAAGGUGUAACCCUGACCUCGUUUUUACCUUACAUUUGUCAACUUUUAGGGGAAACGAAGGAGCGUUCCAAUACAAUUUUGGCCUCCAGUUCUGAAGUUCGCGGAGUUCUUUCAACAAUAAUUGAAAGCAUAUAUCUACAACGGCUAUGAAAAAAUCCAAAAUAUUUUGCUGUGAAUUCAGAAACUUUCGAUUUGUUAUGUGUACUUCUUGGAAAGUCGAUCCCUAAACCGUCAAUUUCAAUUUAAUGUAGACUUUUUCUUCUCUAAGAACACGAACAUACCGAAAUACUCAUGUGUGGUACUGAUAGAAUGCAGUGCCUGUCCGUUUCAUACAAUAUAAUUUGUGCACAAGAUCCUUUAUGAAACAAAAAAGUAAAAUAUUGUGGAAAAAUUUAACAACUGAUUUAUGUAUUUAUACGUGAAAUACGAU